AUGAUCACGUCUCACAGUACCGGUAUCCAAACGCCAGCGGCGUCUGAUGCGGACCAGCGUGCUCUCGUACAUGCUGUUGAGCGUAAAAUGAUGCAGUCGGGCCAGCGAAGCCAUGGCAGCACUGCUGCGAAAGAGGUCGAUAAGCGGAGCUUGGAUUACUUGCUACGGAGCGGGCUGGCUGGGGGUUUAGCCGGAUGUGCGGCAAAAACUGUGGUCGGGCCAUUAGACAGAGUCAAGAUCCUUUUCCAAACGUCAAACCCUCAAUUUGCCAAAUACUCCGGCAGCUGGUUCGGUGUUGCUGCUGCUAUGAAGUCGAUAAACCAACAAGAGGGUGUCCGAGGGUUAUUCAAGGGACACUCCGCUACGCUCCUUCGUAUUUUUCCCUACGCUGCGAUUAAAUUCCUGGCCUAUGAGCAGAUUCGCGCCAUCAUAAUACCCACCAAAAAAAACGAAACUCCUUUCCGCCGGCUAAUAAGCGGCAGCCUGGCGGGUGUAUCAUCCGUUUUCUGCACAUACCCAUUAGAGCUUAUUCGAGUACGGUUGGCGUUUGAGACGAAGCAUCACUCUAGAACGUCGUUGAGAAGGAUUUGUUCACAGAUUUACAAUGAAAGUAGUGGAAGAGCCGCUUUCACGUCAUCUUCAGUCACGGCAGCGGUAGCAGAAGGAUCCCCAUCCGCCGUGGUAUCAACCGUUUCUUCCGCUGUAAAGCAAUCCACGCCGGUAGGCGGAAUAUCGAAUUUCUACCGUGGCUUUGGGCCCACCAUUGUUGGCAUGAUUCCGUAUGCCGGAGUAUCCUUUCUUACGCACGACACCAUCGGCGACUGGCUCCGCUCCCCAAGCCUCGCACCCUACACCCUCAUCCCUGACUCCGAGCGCCCCACCCGUUUCGGUGAGGAGCAACCACGCUCCCAUCGCGCUCAGCUAAAGGCAUCUGCUGAAUUGCUCUCUGGGGCGCUUUCCGGAUUGGUCUCCCAGACCUCGUCGUACCCGUUUGAAGUUAUCCGGCGGAGAAUGCAGGUCGCUGGCGCGGUGGGAGAUGGCCACCGGAUGACCAUUUUGGAGACGGCGAAGGUGAUUUGGAUAGAGCGGGGAUUUAGAGGGUUCUGGGUAGGGUUGACGAUUGGAUAUAUGAAAGUUGUUCCGAUGGUGGCGAUGGGCUUCUUCGUGUACGAGAGGGGAAAAUGGUAUUUGGGCAUCUAA